AUGAAGGCGCUCUUUAUUGGCAUCAAAGAAGCUAAGAAGCUUAAGAUUGACAAAUUAUGGGUGGAAAGUGAUUCAACAUCUGUGGUUACAGCUAUUCUCACAUCCAAGCUUCCAUGGAACUUCUUCCAAAAUUGGUGGACUGCAUCUGAAUUUCUAGACACCAUACAGUGGCGACUGACCCAUUGUUUCAGAGAAGGAAAUGGUCCAACUGACAAGCUAGCAAACCAUGCUGCACUCACCAAAGCAACUUCGACCUGGAACGCAACUUCAAGGUUCAUUUCGCAUCUGAUCACUUGGGAAGCAAUGGGACGUCCCCAUUACCGAUUCUUGUAA